CGGGGCGCAGCUGCCGCCUGCUGCAGCCGGUCGUGCGGCGCUGCUGGCUGCACGGGCAUGGGCUCCGCCGGCCUGCUCUGCGUCUCCUUGGCUCUCAUCGCGCCGGGGGUCCUCGCGGAGCACGGAGGUCAGUGUAAGUUCCUGCCAAGGUAUCCUUUUGCUAAGCCUAAACUUCAGAGUGAUCUGUCUGAGUUUGCAAUUGGGACAUCUUGGGAAUAUGAAUGCCUUCCUGGGUAUAUCAAGGGGUCAUUCUCUGUCACCUGCCUACAGUCUUCCAAGUGGUCAGAUGUUCAGCAACCCUGUCAACGUAAAUCAUGUAGGAGUCCUGGAGAACUUCUCCAUGGCUCUGUUCUCAUAACCACGGGUGUCGUGUUUGGGUCAACAAUCACAUAUUCUUGUGAUAAAGGAUAUCGACUUAUUGGUGAUUCAUCUGCUACAUGCAUUAUCUCUGACAAUACUGUAACCUGGGAUAGAGACAUGCCUUUUUGUGAAUCUAUUCCUUGUGAGCCACCCCCAGCCAUCUCCAACGGGGACUUUUACAGCAGCAGUAGAGAGGACUUUUUCUAUGGAAUGGUGGUGACUUAUAAGUGCCAUGCUGGACAGAAUGGAAAAAAGCUGUUUGACCUCCUGGGUGAGAAGUCAAUAUAUUGCACCAGCAAAGACAAUAGAGUUGGCAUCUGGAGUGGCCCUCCCCCACAGUGUAUUCCUCUAGUCAAAUGCCCAAUUCCAGAAGUUGAAAAUGGAAUUAUAGAAUCUGGAUUUGGACGUUCAUAUUCUUUAAAUGAUACUGUGAUAUUUAGGUGUAAGCCUGGCUUUACCAUGAAAGGCAGCAACAUAGUAUGGUGCCAGCCAAACAGCAAAUGGGAUCCUCCACUGCCAAGUUGCUUUAAGGGGUGUCUACUACCUCCACAUGUCAACCAUGGUAGUUAUAACAACUUGGAUAAGGAAUUCUUUACAAUUGGACAGGAAGUGUCCUACAGCUGUGACCCUGGCUAUACCCUCCUUGGGACUAACACUAUGCAGUGUACAUCCUUGGGAACCUGGAGCCACACAGCCCCCAAAUGUGAAGCAAAAUCAUGUGAUGCCAUUCCAAACCAGCUUCUCAAUGGCCAUGUGGUGGCUCCUCCUAAUUUCCAGCUUGGGGCUGAGGUUUCAUUUGUUUGUGAUAAGGGGUACCGAUUAAAUGGCCAAUCUUCUAGUCAGUGUGUCUCAGAAGGAAUGAGCGUACUCUGGAAUAAUAAGUUUCCUGUCUGUGAACAGAUUCGUUGUGAGCCUCCUCCUCCUAUCAAAAAUGGUUGGAGUGGUCAUUCUUCUGAUCCCGUACCUCUUAACACUGCGGUAAAGUACAAGUGUUUUAACGCCUUCCGUCUCAUUGGAGAAAGACUCCUUUUUUGUAUAAGUAAAGACCAAGUGAGAGGAAUCUGGGAUAAACCUCCUCCUACAUGUGAAUAUUAUAAUAGAUACUCUGUUUGCCCUGAGCCCACAGUACCAGGAGGAUACAGAGACAAAAGAUCUAGACCACCAUACAGACAUGGUGAUUCAGUAACAUUUACCUGUAAUACCAACUUCACCAUGAAAGGAAACAAAUCUGUUUGGUGCCAAGCAAAUAAAACCUGGGGGCCAACACCACUACCGACCUGUGAGAGUGAUUUCCCCCUGGAGUGUCCACCACUUCCGAUGAUCCCCAAUGGAUAUCACACAGGGGAGAUGGUUGAAUCCUUUGCCCCAGGAUUAUCUGUGACUUACAGCUGUGAACCUGGUUACUUGCUUGUUGGAGAAAAGACUAUUAGAUGUUUGUCUUCAGGAAAGUGGAAUGCCGUUAUUCCCACAUGUAAAGAGGCACAGUGUGAACCUCCAGGACCAUUUCUCAAUGGACAGAUAAAGGGCCCUCCAAGUCUUCGGGUUGGUGCAACUCUGAACUUUGACUGUAAUGAAGGGUAUCGAUUACAAGGCCAACCUUCCAGUCGAUGUGUAAUUGCCGGACAGCAGGCUUCUUGGACCAAGAUGCCAGUAUGCAAAGAAAUUCUUUGCCCGCCACCUCCUUCUAUUCUCAAUGGAAGACAUACAGGCACCUUCAGGAAUGUUCCAUAUGGAAGCAUAGUCAUUUAUACCUGCAACCCGGACCCAGAGGAAGGAGUGAGAUUCAUUCUUAUGGGGGAGAAGACUAUCUAUUGUACUGCCGACAGUCAGAAGAUUGGGAUCUGGAGUGCUCCUGCCCCACGCUGUGAACUUUCUAGUUCUGCUGUUCACUGUCCACCUCCCCAGAUUCUAAGAGGCCAAAUAUCAUGGGGGCAGAAAGAGCAAUAUUCCUAUAAUGACACUGUGGUAUUUGCUUGCACGUUUGGCUUCUCCCUGAAGGGCAGUAAGGCAAUCCGAUGUAAUGCCCAAGGCACCUGGGAGCCAUCGGUACCAGUCUGUGAAAAGGAGUGCCAAGCUCCUCCUAAAAUCCUCAAUGGGCGAAAGGAAGAUAGACACCUGGUCCGCUUUGACCCAGGAACAUCCAUAAAGUAUAGCUGUGACCCUGGCUAUGUGUUGGUGGGGAAAGAAUCCAUACUUUGUACCUCUGAGGGGGUGUGGACACCCACUGUCCCGGAAUGUAAAGUGGCGGAGUGUAAACCUAUAGGAAACCAAGUCUUCGACAAACCCCAAAAUGGAUUUAUUAGACCAGAUGUUAACUCUUCUUGUGAUGAAGGGUACCGGUUAGGUGGGAGUGUUUAUCAGUCGUGUCAAGGGGCAAUUCCUUGGUUUAUGGAGAUUCGUCUUUGUGAAGAUAUCACCUGCCCACCACCUCCUGUUAUCUACAAUGGGAAACACACAGGGAGUUCCUCAGAAAAUGUUCCAUAUGGAACCAUGGUCACCUACACAUGCAACCCCGGGCCAGAGAGUGGAGUGAAAUUCAACCUCGUUGGGGAGAGCACCAUCCAUUGUACAAGCAAUGACCAAGAGAUGGGCACCUGGAGUGGCCCUGCCCCUUUCUGUAAACUUUCCCUCCCCACUUUCCAGUGUCCACCUGUCUAUGUUGCAAACGGAUACAAGAUCUCUGGCAAGGAAGCCCCAUAUUUCUACAAUGACAGUGUGGCAUUCAAGUGUAAUCGUGGAUUUACUUUGAAGGGCAGCAGUCAGAUUCGUUGCAAGGCUAAUAAUACCUGGGAUCCUGAAAUACCAGUUUGUGAAAAAGACUGCCAGCCACCUUUUGGGCUCCAGCAUGGUCGGCAUACAGGUGGAAACAGGGUCCUCUUUGUCUCUGGGAUGACCGUAGACUACACCUGUGACCCUGGCUACUUGCUUGUGGGAAACAAAUCCAUUCACUGUAUGCCUUCGGGAACUUGGAGCCCUUCUCCCCCUCGGUGUGAAGAAGCACCAUGUCAACCUGUAAGAGAUGAUUUUCAAGAGCUUCCCAUUCAAUCACCUGUGAUACCAGUUAAUACAUCCUGUCAAGAUGGGUACCGGUUAACUGGACAUGCUUAUCAGAAGUGUCAAGAUGCCGAGAAUAGGGUUUGGUUCCAAAAGAUUCCACUUUGUAAGGUUAUUCACUGUGAGCCCCCACCCAUGAUUGAGCAUGGAAGACCUAGGGGAGUGAUGGCAGAGCACUUUCUGUAUGGAAAUGAAGUCUCUUAUGAAUGUGACCAAGGAUUCUCUCUUCUGGGAGAGAAAAAUAUACGAUGCAUAAGUGACCCUAAGGGACAUGGAUCUUGGAGUAAACCUCUCCCGCAGUGCGGCCUUAUUGGUCAAUGCAAAGCCCCAGAACAGCUUCCAUUUGCCAAGCCUUUAAGACUGUUCAAUGAGUCUGAGUUUCCCAUUGGGACAUCUAUUAAGUAUGAGUGCCGCCCUGGUUACCAAAAGAGAGUGUUCUCCAUGAAGUGCCUACAGAACUCGGUCUGGUCAAGCAUUGAAAAUAUGUGUAAACGUAAAUCAUGUGGAACUCCUCCAGAACUCCUGAAUGGCAAAUUGACGGUAGACGGAGACGCCCGGUUUGGAUCAACUGUUCAUUAUGCUUGUAAUGUAGGAUACCAACUUAUUGGUCAUUCCUCUAUUUCAUGCAUCAUCUCAGAUAAUACUGUCGUCUGGGAUGAUGAUCCACCUAUUUGUGAGACUAUUCAUUGUGAGCCACCCCCGGACAUUGCCAAUGGAGAUUUCCUUAGCACCAACAGAGAAUAUUUUCCAUAUGCAACCGUGGUGACCUAUCGCUGCAAUACUGGACAUAGAGGGGAAAAGCUGUAUGAGCUUGUGGGCAACCCAUCAAUAUAUUGUACCAGCGAAGACAAUCGAGUUGGCACGUGGAGCGACCUUCCCCCUCAGUGCAUUGUACUUAAUAGAUGCACACCUCCAGACAUUGAAAAUGCUAUAAGGAUAUCUGAGAACAAAAGUUUAUUUUUCUUAUAUGAAACCGUGAGGUUUAUCUGUAAGCCUGGCUUUGUCAUGGAAGGACCCUCCAACGUGUAUUGCCAACGCCAAAACAAAUGGGGGCCGGAGUUGCCAAGCUGCACUAGGGCAUGUCAGGCACCUCCAGAAAUUUUCCACGGUAAGCACAGCGCAAGGAACAAGGACAGUUUUGCCCCCGGACAGGAAGUGUUCUACAGCUGUGAGCCUGGCUAUGAGCUCCAAGGGGCUGCUUCUCUGCGCUGUACACCCCAGGGAGACUGGAGCCCAGCAGCCCCAAGAUGUGAAGGGAAAUCAUGUGCUGACUUCCUGGACCAACUCCCUAAUGGUCAUGUGCUCUUUCCAAUUAGUCUUCAACUUGGGGCAAAAGUGUCCUUCGUGUGUGAUGAGGGGUUCCGCUUACAGGGGAGUUCUGCUAGUUACUGUGUCUUGGUUGGAACGGAAAGCCUUUGGAAUAACAGUGUUCCUGUGUGUGAACAAAUCUUCUGUCCAAAUCCUCCAUCUAUCCUUAACGGGCACCACACUGGAACUUCUUGGGGACGCAUUCCCUAUGGAAAAGAAAUUACUUACACGUGUGACCACCACCCAACCAGAGGGAUGAUCUUCAAACUCAUUGGGGAGAGCACAAUCUUCUGCACCAGUGACAAUCAAGGGAAUGGGAUUUGGAGCGGCCCUGCCCCUCACUGUGUACUUGCUGGUCCUGCUGGUUACUGUAAAGCUCCAGAGGAGUUUCCGUUUGCCAAACCUUUGACCGCGAUCAAUGAGUCUGAGUUUCCAAUUGGGACGUCUUUGAAUUAUAAAUGUCUGCCUGGGUAUUCUGAGAAUACGUUUUCUAUCACCUGUUUAGAAAACUUGGUCUGGUCGAGUGCCAAAGAUAUCUGUAGACGAAAAUCAUGUGGAACUCCCCCAGAACCCAUCAAUGGCAUGGUGCAAAUAAUCACAGAUACUCAAUUUGGAUCAACAGUUCAUUACUCUUGUAAUGAAGGGUAUCGACUCAUUGGCUCCCCUUCCGCUGCGUGUCUCCUCUUGGGCAGUACUGUCACUUGGGAUAAGGAAGCACCUAUGUGUGAAAAAAUCUUUUGUCCAAAUCCUCCAUCUAUCCCUAACGGGCACCACACUGGAACUUCUUGGGGACGCAUUCCCUAUGGAAAAGAAAUUACUUACAUUUGUGACUACCAGCCAGCCAGCGGGAUGAUCUUCAAACUCGUUGGGGAGAGCACCAUCCUCUGCACCAGUGACAAUCAAGGGAACGGGAUUUGGAGCGGCCCUGCUCCUCACUGUGAACCUGCUGGUCCUACAGCAUGCCCAUAUCCACCCAAGAUCCACAACGGGCAUUACAUUGGAAGACAUGUGUCUCCAUAUCUUCCUGGGAUGAUCGUCAGCUAUGCUUGUGAUCCAGGCUACUUGUUGGUGGGAAGAGCCUUCAUAUUCUGCACCUACCAGGGAACCUGGAGCCAAUUUGAUCAUUAUUGCAAAGAGAUAAAAUGUAUACUCCCAGAGUUUAUGAAUGGAAUCCAGAAGAAGUUGCACAUGAGAAAAGUAUACCACUAUGGAGAUAAUGUAACUUUUGAGUGUGAAGUUGGGUAUACUCUAAAAGGCAGUCGCCAGAGUCAGUGUCAGGCAGAUGACACAUGGAACCCUCCUCUGGCCGUAUGUACAUCGAGCACACGGGAUGCUCUCACAACUGGCCUUGUCUUUGGUGUGAUCUUUCUCUUACUCAUCAUUGUUUCCUGUUGCAUAAUUAUAAAGCACAGAAAACGCACCAAUACAGAUGAAAAACCUAAAGAGAAUAUCCAUUUAAGUCCUCAAGAAGACAGCGGCAUACAGCCUCAAACUCUGCAAACAAAUCAGGAAAACAGCAGUGCCCUUCCCUCCUGAGAAAGUACUCUCACGCUGGAGAACAUCUUGAAUUAAAGUGUUGUUGGAAAGGAGCUAAUUCAACAGAGGAAGAUGUGAAACUCGUAACUUCUUGGAAGUGACCUCACAGAGAUACAAACAUGUGCACCUGAAGAUGCUGAAGUGCUCCCAGGAGCUGGUAAAGGCUCCCCUCCUCUCAGCUUGGAUACUGUCACUCCAUGUGCUCUUUCCUUGUGCGGGAAGCACAUGUCAUCUAGUUAGGGGAAAAGUCUGCACCAAGGCUAUAUAGACUCAAUCACUUAAAAGAAGAAGGUGUCACUUAGGAUUUCUGUUUACAAGUCUGUUCAUCACCUUUCUUAUUUUCAAAUGCUCAUGCUAUAAAAUGGGCUCGUAACAAGAAUAUCAAAAUCCAGGAUGAAGAUAUGAAAAACAAAUAAGUCACGUACAAUACUACUCAGUGAUAACUGCUGUCAAUAUUUGAUUCAUUUUCUGCUAACCUUUCUUCAUAGAUGUUUAUUUUUUUAUACACAGGUCUUUCUUACUUUUUCUGUAGAGCAAAAUCUCCUAUUAGAUCAGAGUAAAAUCUAGCUAGAUCAGUUUUUAUGUUCUUUAGGGAAAGAAGUAUUUUCUGUUGAUUACAAAGGCAGUAUGGGCAGCCUCGGUGGCUCAGCGGUGUAGUGCCGCCUUUAGCACAGGGUCUGAUCCUGGAGACCUGGGAUCCAACCCGCGUCGGGCUCCCUGCAUGGAACCUGCUUAUAUCUCUGCCUCUCUCUCACUGUCUCUCAUGAAUGAAUAAAUAAAAUCUUAAAAAAAAAAAAAAAAAGGCAUUAAGUGAAUCUGGGAGAGAGGUUUUCAGGAGAAACAUUUUAAACAAUGAGCUUUGGAUAUUUCCUAAGCUCUAUUUCAAAAUCAAUUUGAACUAUGUUCCAUAUAAAAAAUACUAUUUUAAAUAAAAGAAGUUUCAUUAUAAAAGGAAGGGACUUAGUUGUGUGUAGACUCAGAACACAUCAAUAAAUUAAGCAACCAUGACUUUUAAGAAUUGCAAAAUUAACAUACAAGUAAGUAUAGAACUAAGUGGCCCUGGAUUCCCACACUGGUUCACAUACUUACAGAUCAAAAAUUUAUUUAGUAUGAUAUCAUGGGUCGUGCUAAUGAUCUAGAGAAUAUCAGAGCCCUUCUGGAUAUUUAACAAUAGGUUUGCAUAUGACUACUGCUAACCACUGUACAAUUUGGGUUUAGGUGGCUUUUAGAGUCUAGUCUGUCACACUUACCUUGAAAACAUACAGAAUGAACUGCACAUCAACUUGAAGUUUUCUUUAAAAUCAGGAAGAUAGAAAAAAACAGGAGCAGCAAAGUCAACUGACAAACUAGGAGGAAAAAAUUACAACUUGUAUCACAGACAAGCAUAACUGGCAUAUUUGGAGAGUUAAAAGUUUAAAGGCCAACCCUCCCCACCCUACUUGCCUUAAAUAGACAAAGGACAUACCGCCAAGCCACCAAGAGAGAGGCAGGUCACCCAUGAAUAUAUGAAAAGAUCCUCAAUGGUUUUGCUUGUUGAAACUUAGGGAAAUCUAGUAGGUCUUGAGUGUCUGAAGAAGUACACUUUAAAGGAGGGCUAGAAAUUAACUGCUGGCAAUUGGACUUUCUUAGAAUUAAAAUUCCCUAUCACAAGAAAAAAAUAUAGGUUCCUCUUUCUUCCCAGAAUGCAGUAGGUCAGUGAGUACUGUGAUUAACUGGUAUCUGAUGCCUGGGAAUUGAAUUUAAAGAAAUUCAUGAGAUUCUUUGGUCUGUGACAUCAGUGAUACAUGGGAACUGCUGUAUAUACUAACACAGGCAAAAUACUGAAUUGCCUACUUUCAUUUGUGUCGCUGAGCAAUUCUGUUAGCCUCUGGCCUUCCAUUUUUCAUCUGAACGUAGGGCUGGACCAACUAGUCUCCAAAGCUAUUAUUACUGCUAACAAUCUAACUUUUCUUCUAGUUUCCUUUUUGUAUACUUUACACGUAAGUGUGACGUAAUUUCAAGUCUAUGCCGUUUAAAUAAAAUGUUCUGUGUCCACUUGUAUAACAGGGAAGGAAUAAAAGAUUUUUUUUCUUUCUAAAUCUA